UUGAAUUUUUCUGUAUGCUUCCUGCCAGUUAUGAUGGAUGCCGUCUGCUCGGAGGCCGCCAUGGACCUCUCAGUUCGCACACAAAUGUUUGAAGCUCAUAUACAGAAUUACAGUGGCAGUGAUCCACUUGAUCCCUGGUACAGGUAUUUUCAGUGGAUAGAAGGAAUGUCAGAAGCAGAAGGAAAGCAAAAUUGCCUGUCAUCUUUAUUGGAGCAGCUUGUGAAAACAUUUCUAAGUGAUAAGAGAUAUCAAGACGACAUGAGAUUCAUCAACUGCUGUGUCAAAUUUGCUGACUUCAUUGAUAAUCCAAGUCAUUUUUUCGAUUAUAUGUACAGCCAAGGAGUUGGUAACAAAUCAUCAAUUCUGUACAUUGCUUGGGCACAACAACUUGGUAGACAAGGAAAUGUGCCUCAGGCAUGCAUUAUUAUUCAGAGAGGUAUCCAAAAUGAAGCCCAGCCAAUUGAGAAAUUACAUCAGCAGUAUCUGUUGUUACAGAACAGUUUGCCACAGAAUGAAAUUUCAACUCCAGUUGGUGUUUUGCAGCCACGUAAUCCUCAGCUGUCUAAUCAGUUGGCUUCUAAAAAGGAUUCGACCUGUCCCUACCAGAGUCAGAAUUCAAGCAGUUCUGAAUUAUACCCUAUGACUUGCGGGGGACAAGGGAAUAUAGAAAAACCCAAGUACAUCACCACCAUUUCCAAGUCAGAAGUUGUACCAGUGCCAUCAAGUCAUGCUGCCCUUGAGCAGAAGGCGAUGUAUGUCAAGGCACUUCUUGAGUGUGAAGGUUCUGAACUGUGCUUUGAAGAAGUGAGAGCCAAAGCAUAUUUGAAGAAGGCAGAAUGCUUGAAAAGGCAAAAGGAAUUGGUGGGCAGUACUGUCCUCUUGCGGACAGUGGGAUUACUUAAAGGGGCGCUAAGAGGCAAGGGCGGCAGCAGAGGGACGGGUGAUCAAUGUGUACAAAUGACAACAGCACAAUGUUGGCCAGAAUGGAGAGCGUCUUCGGUAACUCAGAGUGCUCCGAACUUGAGAACAGAGCAUCAAAGUUUAUCAGAAGAUGCUGUAACUUCCCAGCCUAUUGGAAAUCACUCACAAAGUCUGCUUUCAGGAGAUUGGAGUGCCUUCAACUUCUUUGACAAUGAGAGCAAUGUGGCCAAUACCGAUGAAAUUCAUGGACAACAGUCAGUAUUUGAACCUCCAAUGACAGCUCUAAGUGAGAAGCUGCACUUGAAACUCACCCUGAUUUUGAAGAAUGUGCAAAUACUACGGACUUCAAGUCAGCAGCACAUAAAUCCUUCAAAUCAGAAAGAGCAGCAUUCCAUGGAGAUGAGAGACGAUAACAGAAAUACGUCAGGCUUUUUCGAUCAACGUCAUAUGACUCUAAAUGCCUCAAGCAUAAUACAAGCAACCCCAUCUAAAGUGCAGCCUUCUCCUACUGUUCACACAAAAGAAGCCUUGGGGUUCAUCAUGGACAUGUUUCAAGUGACUUCUCUAAAAGAUACCACUAUACUUUCAGAAGAUGAGGAAGAAUAUCCAGUUGAAGCUGUCAGCAUUAAGCCUAGUGUUCCUGCUGCAUUAUCUGCUUUUACAAUUUUUGAAGAUGAGAAUAUGGAAGUCCUGCAGUCAGUCCCAAAGUCGACAUCUAUCAAAGUGUUUGGUGAACGUCCCAGAGACACUUUGACUGUUUCUAAACCAAGAGAUGAAAGCCAGCCAGCAGAGGGCCUGACAAGUGACUAUACGGUAUGGGCUAACCCAUGUAACCAAACUUUUGCUCCAUGUCUGAAAAGCCCAGGAGAUUUCAUUCAAGCUGCUCACCUUGCCUCCUCUACACCAUUCAAUACCAUUUCAGUGCCUUUAGCCCAAGAGAUGCAAGCUAGAGUCUUUGAGAACCCUUGGGAUGAGAGUUUAAUCUUCCAGCUUCUGUCCAGGGUGCCAAAACCAAUAAGUGCUUAUCCCAAUACUUUCCAGUGGGCAUCAAAUCUUCCAGUUGUCAGACCAAAACUAUUGAAAUUGUCAUCCACAUCCUUCCACAUUGAUUGCUUACUUGGAGAAGGAGCUUUUGCACAGGUGUAUCAAGCUUCUGUCCUUGACAUGGAUAACUCUAAGAAUAAUCACAAAGUAAUACUGAAGGUAUUGAAACCUGCAAGCCCCUGGGAAUUCUAUAUAGCAGCUCAGCUGACUGAAAGGCUGAAGCCCCAUAUGCAUCAUCUUUGCAUCCAAUUCCACGGUGCUCACUUCUUUCGAAAUGGAAGUGUUCUAAUAGGGGAGCUUUACAGUUACGGAACUUUACUGAACACCAUAAAUAUAUACAAAAAACUAACAGAGAAGGUGAUGCCCCAAGCUCUGGUUAUUUAUUUCACCAUAAAAAUCCUGCACAUGGUAGAAGAGCUUCAGUGUGGAAUAAUUCAUGGUGACAUUAAACCUGACAACUUCAUAUUUGGCGAAAGGUUUUUGGACAAUGACACAUGUGAUAUUGAUGGCACAUCUCAUGGUCUGACGAUUAUUGACUUUGGUCAAAGCAUAGAUAUGACCCUGUUUCCUGAAGGAACUGCUUUCAACGGAAAGUGUGAGACAUCUGGGUUUCAAUGUAUUGAAAUGAUUACAGGCAAGCCGUGGAAUUACCAGACUGAUUAUUUCGGAAUUGCUGCAACAGUGUACUGCAUGUUAUUUGGUACAUAUAUGAAAGUAAAAAAUGAGCAAGGAAUCUGGAAACCUGAUGGUAUCUUUAGAAGGGUUCCCAAUGGAGAGGUCUGGGUUAAUUUCUUCAUCACUUUGCUGAACAUACAAGACUGCAACCACUUGCCUUCGUUGGGAGCUUUACGGGCAACGUUGAGAGACUUAUUUUUAAAAAUUUAUUCCAAUAAAGUAAUAGUUCUCCGUAACAGGCUUGCAGUGUUGCUUGUUGAAAACAAACGAUCGCGGAAGUAAAGACUGGGCUCUUGUGAAACAACGAAAAGGUUUUGAUAUUGUUUGAUCAAGUCUUCAUGAAGUUUGAUCUUGUUUAGUCAAGCGGCAGUUUAACUUUGGUUUGACUUGCAAAGAUUGGCACUGUACUUCUGAUGCUUAAAUGGUGCACGAUUAAUGGUUUUACAAGUGUUGGCUUCCAUUUUCUAACACUUCUCAAAAAUGUUAAUAUUGGAGAUGAACCCUCUUUUUGGAACUGGACAGCAGAAAAAUAGGGAAUAGGGAGUGGAGUUUGAGCAAAAAGUCAACAUGGAGAGACCCAAACCUUGAGAAUGAAAAUUGAGAUUGAUGGAGGAGUCAGCACUUGUGGAACUCACAUCCUAAUAUCUAAAUGCUCCAGUGUCUUUUUUCCUGUGAGUACUUUAUAAACAAUAAAAUGU